AUGAGCAGUGGUGUGGACGCAGUGACAGCCGACACGGCGUCGAUGCGCGUGAGUGAGGGCGCUACAGUGUAUGUCGACGAGGCCAAGGGCCAUGACGAGACCGGGCAGGGUACAGAGGCCUCGCCGUACGCUACGGCGCUCGGCGCGAUGACUGCGCGUGGACCUGAUGUGUCGAUCAUGGUGCGCAAGGGCGAGGGCGAGUAUGAGCCGCUCUCUGCCUCAGGUGUGAAGAAGGCCAAGAAGCUGUACGACCUCGCGCUUAAGAAGAAGCAGAAGGCCGCAGAGCUUGCUGCGCAGGAAGCUGAGCGUGCUGCGCAGGAGACUAAGAAGCUGGAGGAAAGCCGCAAGAUUGUGAUUGAGCCGCCGGCCGGUGCGCCAGAAGCGAAGCGCAUCAAGAUCCGCACGAGUGUCGAGAACCGGGAUCGCCGCGUGAAAGUGUGUGGCUGGGUCCAUCGCUUGCGCUCGCAAAAAGACCGCAUGUUCCUUGUGCUGCGUGAUGGUACAGGCUACCUGCAGUGCGUGCUCCAGGGUCCGCUGAUGCAGACCUACGAUGCGCUCACGCUUACUCUCGAGAGUGCUGUUGAAGUGUACGGUGAAAUCAAGGCGUUGCCGGAAGGCAAGACGGCGCCGGACAACCACGAGUUGGUCGUCGACUACUGGGUGUGCACAGGCAAGGCGCCCGGUGGCGACGAUGCGAUUACCAACCGUAUCUCUGAAAACGCUGACCCCUCGAUUCUGGCGGACAACCGUCACCUGGUGCUGCGUGGUGAGACGGCCUCAGCGGUCAUGCGUGUGCGCUCGGCCAUUAUGACGGCGUUCCGUGCGGAGUUUGCUGAUAUGGGCGUGAUGGAAGUCACGCCGCCUUGCAUGGUGCAGACGCAGGUCGAAGGUGGUGGUACGCUGUUCAAGUUUGACUACUACGGCGAGGAUGCGUUCCUGACGCAGAGCUCGCAGCUGUACCUGGAGACGUGCCUGCCUGCCUUUGGUGAUGUGUUCUGUGUGCAGGAGAGUUUCCGUGCCGAAAAGAGCCACACCCGUCGUCACUUGAGUGAGUUUACGCAUAUGGAGGGCGAGCAUGCUUUCAUUUCGUUUGACGACCUGCUUGCGAUCAUUGAGCAGCUCGUCUGUGGUAUGGUCGACCGUCUGCUGGCCGACGACAAGAUCCGCCAGACGGUGGAGCAGCUGAACCCUGGCUUCCAGCCGCCGAAGCGUCCGUUUAUGCGUAUGAACUACAAGGAUGCUAUCAAGUAUCUCAACGAGCACGAUAUCCUCAACGAAGAGGGCAAGCCGCACGAGGUCGGUGACGACAUUGCCGAGGCUGCUGAGCGCAAGAUGACCGACCAGCUCGGCGUGCCGAUCCUCUUGCAUUCGUUCCCGCACGAGAUCAAGGCGUUCUACAUGAAGCGUGUGCCUGGCGACGAGCGCUUCACAGAAAGUGUCGACUUACUCAUGCCCGGCGUCGGUGAGAUUGUGGGUGGUAGUAUGAGGAUGCCCAACAUUGACGAGCUCAUGGCCGCUUACAAGCACGAGGGCAUCGAUCCUUCGCCGUACUACUGGUACACCGACCAGCGCAAGUACGGCACGUGCGAGCACGGUGGCUACGGUUUCGGUGUCGAGCGUCUUGUCGCUUGGCUGACCAACCGCUGGACUGUGCGUGAGUGUUCGCUGUACCCACGCUGGACGGGCCGUUGCACUCCAUAG